AAAAUAAUAGGCCUACACGUUUAUCUGUGACCAUGCCGGAACACCCAAGGGUACGCAGUCCAGAACAUAACAGAAGCAAGGUGUCCCAGGAUGAAUUCCCAACUUAUUAUGCAACUCCACUAUAAAACACGCGGCACGCAACAAGUCAGUCUCAUCCAGGAGCCGAGAGAGGAGAGAAGCACAGAGAACACAAGCGCUGUAACUAGAGCUCUUCUUUCCACUCCACAGAAUUUAAGCAAAGAAAUGGACUUCAUCCUGCCACCCACUAUGCCAGCUGGUGGUAUCCCCUGGGAGAAGGUUUUACCACCUCUUAUUCCACGGCUCAACGGGACUUAUGGACAAUAUAAUUGGUCCCCAAAAUUAAUCAUUCCAGAGACUGAUAAUGCCAGCUCUGCAGAGGUAACCUGUGAUGACAGCGGAUUUACAGUUCAAGUUGAUGUGAAACAUUUCAACCCAGAGGACCUGAUCGUCAAAGUCAUAGGAGACUUUGUAGAAGUGCAAGGAAAGCAUGAAGAGAGAAAGGACGGUCCUGGAUUUACAACACGACAGUUUAACCGUCGCUACCGCAUUCCAAAGGGAGUGGACACCAUGGCUUUGGAGUCAGCGGUCUCUCCAGAUGGGAUCCUUAUCAUAUCUGCACCUAUGCUGCACACUCAGAGCUACACACCUCUUACUUAAAUUGCAUUAACAGACGACACUAAAACCUCUGCCAUCCUUACCGUACACAAAAAUAAAUCAGCGGAAGCCUUUAUGGUCACACUGACAAAAAUGGCAAUAACUUCAAGCUCCUGCACUCGCAGCAGAACUUGGUAUGUGCCAAAGCACACAUCUGCUCUGUUCCUGGCACAGUUCUAAUGUUCCCUGCACUCCAAGGUUUGUAUAUACUGCUCUGCUAAUACUCAAUGUUACAUAAUGUUUCAAGUAACCACUCUACUUUGUAAAUAUUCUGUUAGCAUUUCCAACUCCUGCUUUUUGUGUGCAACUUUUGUACAUGCACAGUGUUGUGAAUAAUAAUCCACCGAGACACAUCUCCAACCUUUAUUGUAGAAAAAUGUCCUCAAAAAUAUAAAUUAACUUUAUUUC